AUGAUUGAUUUUCAAUUGUCGCCAGAACAAUUGGCCCUCCGUAAUGCUGUGAAAGGAUUUGCGCGUGCGAACCUCCAGUCAGCAAGGUCAAUAUAUGAGGCUCAAGGAGCAUCGUCUGCUGCGUGGGAGGACCGCUUUCGUUCCACCAAGCCCAUUUACGCUGAGGCCGUCAAAGCCGGUCUGAUAAAGGCCCAAGUUCCCAAAGAGCUAGGCGGAGCAGGUGGCCCUUUAAUAGAGGCUGCUCUUGUCGUGGAAGAAUUCUAUGCUGUAGAAACCAGCGCAUCCUUGACCAUUCUAGGAACUGGACUGGGCUUGACUCCCUUGAUUAUGGCUGGCUCCGCCGAACACAAUAAGUUCUCCAAGCCAUUUCUCGAUGGCACGGGAACACCGCUUGCCAGUCUCGUCUUCUCCGAGCCUGGAGGGAGUGCGAAUUUUGCAGAAGAGGGGGCGUCGGGGUUUGCGACUGUCGCUCGACUGCAAGGAGACGAAUAUAUCAUAAAUGGCGAGAAGAUCUGGGCGACUAAUUGUUCCGGAUGGGAUGAUAGGGGUGCGGACGUACAGUGUGUGUUGUGCCGCGUCGAAGGCUCAGCUGCCGUUGAAGAUGUUCGUGGGCAGACAGCAAUCAUCGUCGUCACCCGAGAGGAUAUUGCUAAGAAUGAUGCGAGCGCGUACUCUGUCCUUUCCCACCCUGAGACAAUUGGUCAUACAGCCGUCAACGGGCCGCACAUUCGCUUCAAGAAUUUGCGUGUGCCGAGAUCCAACCUACUUGCUCCUCCUGGCAAAGGAGCAGAUCUAGUUGAGAUGACAUUCACUGCCUCCGCUGCUCUUGUGGGCGCGAUGGGUGUAGGCAUCAUGCGGCAGACAUUUGAUCGGGUUCUCGCCUGGGCCAAAGAAAAUCGACGAGGGUCGAAGCAAGCAAUGAUUCAUAAGCAAAGCGUGGCGGACCUGUUGAUCAGAAUCAAGACUCGUUGCGAAGCAACAAGAGCUCUAGUUUGGAAGGCAGCGUGUUGUUUUGGCAGCACUCGAUUUGGAGCCGAGCUCUGCUAUGAAGCCAAAAUUUUUGGAUCCGAAAGUGCAGUCGACUGUGUCACAGAUGCCAUCAACCUGGUAGGGGUAUCAGCAUACUCGCGAGCCCAGCCAUUCGGAGACCUGCUGAACGAUGCCAUCGUCCUGCCAAUUUUUGACGGCGGUAACGUGGGCGUUCGCCGGAGACAGAUUGAAGCAAUCUUCGCACAAGACGCCUAUGACCCUUGGGAGACAACCUUUGGGCCUGAGAAGUGA